AUGGCUAAGAAGGACGACUCCGUCGACAACCAUGUCUCUGGCCAGAGCAACGAGCCCAUGAGCCGUCCUGCUCACGCCUUGACUUUCAACCAGGUUGUCGAGGAGCUCAAGACUGAUACUCUCAGCGGUCUCACCGAGGCCGAGGCCAAACAACGACAUGAGAAGUUUGGCAACAACGAUCUCGGCGAAGCUGAUGGCGUUCAGCCCCUCAAGAUCAUCAUCGCUCAGGUCGCUAACGCAAUGACACUGGUGCUUAUUCUUGCAAUGGCUGUUUCUUUCGGUAUCAAGUCAUGGAUUGAGGGUGGUGUCGUCGCCUUCAUCAUUGGUCUCAACGUCACCGUUGGUUUCUUCCAGGAGUACUCUGCCGAGAAGACUAUGGACUCUCUGCGGUCCAUGUCUUCUCCCACUGCUAGUGUUGUGCGCGAUGGAGACUCCAAGGUGGUUCCCUCUGUUGAGGUCGUUCCCGGUGAUCUUGUGGAAAUCAAGACCGGAGAUACGAUCCCUGCUGAUAUUCGACUGAUUGAGGCUGUUAACUUCGAGACUGAUGAGGCCAUGUUGACUGGUGAGUCUCUCCCCGUUCGAAAGAACGAGGAUGAAGUCUUCGAAGACAACACCGGACCCGGCGACCGUAUCAACGUCGCCUACAGCUCUUCCACCGUCACAAAGGGUCGUGCCAAGGGUAUCGUCUUCGCUACCGGCGUCAGCACCGAAAUCGGUGCUAUCGCUGCUGCCCUCCGAAAGAAGGACAGCAAGGUCCGUCCCGUGAAGCGCAAGGCCGAUGGUUCCGCCAAGCCUCACCGAUAUCUCGAAGCCUACACCCUCACCCUCACCGACGCUGUUGGUCGUUUCCUCGGUGUCAACGUCGGCACACCUCUCCAGAAGAAGCUCUCCCGUCUGGCAAUCUACCUCUUCGGUACUGCUGUCAUCUGCGCUAUCAUCGUCCUUGCUGCCAACGACUUCGAUGCCUCCCAACAGGUUAUUAUCUACGCCGUCGCUACUGGUCUGUCCAUGAUUCCCGCUAGUUUGGUCGUCGUCUUGACUAUCACCAUGGCCGCUGGUACUAAGCGCAUGGUUGAGCGAAACGUUAUUGUUCGUAACCUCAAGUCUCUUGAGGCUCUUGGUGCUGUUACCGAUAUUUGCUCUGACAAGACUGGUACUCUCACCCAAGGUAAGAUGGUUGCCCGUGGAGCCUGGACUCCUGGAAAGGGAACAUAUCUCAUCGAGAACACCACUGAGCCAGUUAACCCUACCGUUGGUGAUAUCCGCUGGUCUCGCAGCCAGCCUCAUGAGCUUCCUCUUAAGCAGGGCGGUGAUGACUGCGGUGCCGUUUCUCCCAUCAGCGAGCUCCUCAACUCGAGCAAGUCUGCUCUUGUCAAGUUCCUCGAAGUCGCAUCUCUCGCCAACCUUGCUACCGUCAACGAGAAGAACGGUGAAUGGCACGCCCGUGGUGACCCUACCGAGAUCGCCAUUCAGGUCCUCGCCUCUCGUUUCGACUGGAACCGUCUUCGUCUUACUAGCCACGACUCUGUCAACCAGUACAGUGAGAUCGCCGAGCUUCCUUUCGACUCUGAUGUCAAGCGCAUGUCCGUCAUCAUGAAGGACAACCGAACCAGCCAACUCUUCGCUUACACAAAGGGUGCUGUCGAGCGUGUCAUUGGUGCCUGCGCUACAUACUGCCCUGAGGAUAAUGAGGAGCAAGUCCCCAUCACCGAUGAGUUCCGUGAGCAGAUCCUCCGUAACAUGGAAUCUUUCGCUGGCAUGGGUCUUCGUGUUCUCGCUCUCGCUUCCAAGCCCUACAACGUCGACAUGAAGAAGGGCGAUGAGAUUGACCGCACCACUGUUGAGUGUGAUCUUGUCUUCCGCGGUCUCGUUGGUCUUUAUGAUCCUCCCCGUCCCGAGUCUGCUCCCGCUGUCCGAGAGUGCCACGAGGCUGGUAUUUCCGUGCACAUGCUUACUGGUGACCACCCCGAGACCGCUAAGGCUAUUGCCAUUGAGGUCGGUAUCCUGCCUACCCGUAUGGAUCUCGUUGCCGAGGACACUGCUGCCACUAUGGUCAUGACUGCUACUACCUUCGAUGGUCUUACCGAUGAUGAAGUCGAUCAACUUCCUUUCCUACCUCUUGUUAUUGCUCGAUGUGCUCCUCAGACCAAGGUCCGCAUGAUUGAAGCUCUGCACCGCCGAGACAAAUUCUGCGCUAUGACUGGUGAUGGUGUUAACGACUCCCCCUCUCUCCGCCGUGCCGAUGUUGGUAUUGCCAUGGGUCAAGCCGGUUCCGACGUCGCAAAGGAUGCAUCCGACAUCGUUCUCAGCGACGACAACUUCGCCUCCAUCGUCGCCGCCAUCGAGGAAGGUCGCCGUAUCUUCGACAACAUCCAGAAGUUCAUCCUCCACGUGCUCGCCACCAACGUCGCUCAAGCCGUCGUCCUUCUUGUCGGUCUCGUCUUCAAGGACAAGACAGGUCUCUCCGUCUUCCCUAUCGCUCCCGUCCAGAUCAUGUGGAUCAUCAUGAUGACAUCUGGUCUUCCCGACAUGGGUCUCGGUUUCGAGCGUGCUGUCGCUGGUAUUCUUCGCCGACCCCCGAUUUCUCUCAAGACUGGUGUCUUCUCCCUCGAGUUCAUCAUCGAUAUGUGUGUCUACGGUCUCUGGAUCGCUGCUCUCUGCCUUAGCGCCUUCGUCCUUCGUCUGUAUGCUUUCGGUAACGGUGAGCUCGGUGAGGACUGUAACGAUAACUACAGCGAAAGCUGUGAGACCGUCUUCAAGGCCCGUGCUACCACCUUUGCUUGUCUCACCUGGUUCUCCCUCUUCCUCGCCUGGGAGAUGAUUGACAAGCGCCGAUCUUUCUUCCGCAUGCAGCCCGGCUCCAAGCUCUACUUCACCCAGUGGAUGCACGAUGUCUGGCGCAACCAGUUCCUCUUCUGGGCCAUCAUGCUCGGCUUCGUCACCCUCUUCCCCAUCCAGUACAUCCCCGUCAUCAGCGACACCGUGUUCAAGCACAAGGGCAUCACCUGGGAGUGGGCCAUCGUCUUCAUCGCCGCCGGUCUCUUCUUCGGUGGUAUCGAGGCCUGGAAGUUCGCCAAGCGCGUGUACUUCCGCCGACAAGCCCGCAAGAACCAGGGCGUUGAGUGGAAGGACAUGGAUCUUGAGCAGCGCACUUUCGGCGAGUAUCUUACCCCGGAUUCUAGCGAAGCCAGCGUCCGCCACGACUCUGAGAAGGUCGAUGCGCAAGCUGCCGCUCAACGCAACAACGCCGAGAAGAAGGCGUGA